GAAACGAUUAAUCAAUGUUCAAAAACACCAAUCUUUGCCUCCGAAAUUAAUUCAUCUUCUUUCUCUCCAAAAAAAAGAAAAAAAAACUGAAUUGAAGCUUCGAAUUUGCAGGAAAGAUGGGUCCUGGGCUUAUAAAUCCCAAUCCAGUAGUUUAUCAGAAGAGCGAGUCUAGGGUUCGGAGUACUCGAAGUGAUUCUGCUGCGGUUGAUGAGUAUGCUGUUGAGCCCAUUGAUCAACUGGAAAUUUUUGAUCAUAUUAGAGACAUAAAAGACCCCGAGCAUCCUUACUCUUUGGAAGAGCUCAAAGUCAUAACAGAAGACGCAAUAGAAGUUAAUGAUAGUUAUGUCAGAGUGACAUUCACUCCAACAGUUGAGCAUUGUAGCAUGGCAACAGUUAUUGGUCUUUGCUUGCGCGUGAAACUCAUGAGAAGCUUGCCUUCUCGUUACAAGGUGGAUAUAAGGGUGGCACCUGGAAGCCAUGCAACUGAAGCUGCAGUUAACAAACAACUAAACGAUAAAGAGCGAGUGGCUGCAGCCUUGGAAAACCCAAACCUAGUUGAUAUGGUUGACGAAUGCUUGGGUCCAUCAUAUACUUGAACAUACGUUUUCAUAAGUAGUUGUUAACUUAUAUGCGUGCGUAUCUUAUGUAGCAGCGAUUGUCGUAGUCAGGACUAUUGUAUAAUUGUUUUCUGCAUUCCGCCAAUUGGUUUUUGUAGAAUUGGUUUAUGGAGGAUCCAUGCAUAACACCAGAUAUAAGUUAUAUUCUUGCCUUGGUGCUACCAAAAGAUAUCCUUUCUGGUUCAUCUUUUUGCUUGUAUACGCAGGUUAAAAGGAAUAAUAAAUUUAAUCCAUUUUCUCUCA